ACAAUGCGCGAAGAGCCAAACACAUCCGUGUAUAUACUGCAGGACAGUUUGAUGGAGUAAAAGUAAAAUGUAAAAAUCUGGCCUAAGCAACAGUGAAUUAGAUUUUCUAGCAGUAGAAAUUAGCCGAAGUCUUCUCUUGAACCCUUGAUAGGAUGCGUUCAGCUGCAGCACUAUAGUACAUUGACUGCGGAGGAGCGACCCGAUUGUUUGAGUGACCCACGUCUUGUGUCCGCAUGGCCUCUUCAGAGCUGAAAAAGGCGCCGCUGGUGGCCGUGCUGCCAGCCGCCGCCGUCUGUCCCUACUCGUCGUGCUACUGUGAAGAAAACGUUUGGCAAAUGUGCAACCUCGUCCGGCAGCAGCACCCGUCCGAAUUAUCCCGCUGUCACGUGGUCUUUGUGUCCAACGAGUCCAGAAUGGUGCCUCUGUGGCGGCAGAAGGCCGGACGGGAGGAGGACAAGCUUGUCUUCUGGGACUACCACGUGAUACUUUUGUACCAGCCGGACGAGCGCUGCGUUGUCUACGACCUUGACUCGCAGCUGCCGUUCCCCACCUACUUCCACAAAUAUGUGACCGAGACCUUCCGCACCGACCAGAUCCUGAAGCCCACCUACUUCCGGUACUUUCGCGUUGUCCCGGCCACCGUCUAUUUGCAGACCUUUUCCUCGGACAGGAGCCACAUGCGCAAACAGGACGGAAGCUGGACCAAACCGCCGCCCUCCUGGCCGUUGAUCCAGAAUGGCGACGGCGACAAGAUGAACCUGGACUCGUUCAUCAGCAUGGACACCAGAAAGGGCUGCGGAGAGGUCUUCAGCCUCACUGAGUUUGUCAAGAAAUUCUUCAAAGUGCCCGGAAGCGCCAACUAAGGUCAAAUUAAUUAUGAUAUUUAUUUAUGGAAGCCUUCCACGUUAUGGUGCUGAAUUUCUUUGGUUGGAAUUUUGUGAGCUUAUCCAUUGAGACGUUUUUAUUUGUGCUGAGUUUAAUGCAUUAAUGCAUUUUAUGAAUAUAUUAAUAUGUUCCUACUUUUUUACUACUCGUCUGCAUUAAUUGAAAGAAGUGUGAUGUAAGGUAAAAAGAGCUAUAAUCAUUGAUUGCGACAAAUU